AUGGAGGAAAAGAAGAAGAUCAGGGCAGACAAGAUUGAUCUCAAGAAACUAGAUGAGCAACUUGAGAGGUAUCUGAAUCGUGUGUGGACCAAGCAGGCGGCUGAAGAAUCUAGGGUUAGGGUUUCUGCUAAUAAUGCAGAAUGGGAAAUCGAUCCCAGUAAACUCGUUGUGAAGGAUAUCAUAGCUCAUGGCACGUUUGGUCUGGUUCGUCGAGGGGUUUACGAUGGAAAAGACGUUGCAGUAAAAUUGCUUGACUUGGGGACGGAGAGCCUUGGAACAGAAGCUAAAGCAGCAUCACUAUGGAAUGCUUUCAUACAGGAAGUUUCGGUUUGGAUAAAGCUAGAUCAUCCUAAUGUCACCAAGUUCAUCGGGGCGAUUCGGGGCACACCAGAACUGAAAAUCAAGACCGAUGAAGGUGAAAUGCGAAUGCCAAGUAAUGUUUGUUGCAUUGUGGCUGAAUAUCUUCCUGGAGGCACUCUAAAAUCUUACCUCAUAAAGAACCGAUUACGGCAGCUACCUUUCAAAGUUGUCAUGCAACUUGCACUAGAGCUUGCAAGAGGAUUGAGUUACAUUCACUCCAAGAAGAUUGUUCACAGAGAUAUAAAAACAGACAACAUUCUUCUUGACAAGAAUCAUAAUGUAAAGAUAACCGAGUUUGGAGUUUCCCGGGUUGAGGCUUUGAAUCCUAAUGAGAUUACGGGUCAAACUGGGAUUGUGCAUUACAUGGCCCCAGAAGUUCUUAGAUAUGAAGCAUACAACCGGAAAUGCGAUGUCUAUAGUUUUGGAAUCUGCCUGUGGGAAAUCUAUUGCUGUGACAUACCAUAUUCUAAACUCGGCCAUUUUGAACAAGCUUCAUCUGCUGUCAAUAAGAAUACGAGGCCAAAGAUACCCAGACGUUGCCCAAGCUCUCUCUCUGAAGUGAUGAAGAAAUGCUGGGAUGCCGACCCGAAGAACAGGCCGGAGAUGGAAGAGGUGGCACGCAUGUUAGAAGCCAUCGGCACAUCACAUGGUCAACAUCAGGGUUGUUUCUGCUUCUCCAGACAUCGAGGGACUUUAAUGAAGUAA